AUGUCGACCCUCCAAGACGAUGAAGAAGCCAUAUUCGGAACUAGCGGGCCCGAUCCCAAUAAAGCACGCAAGAAUUUUGUGUUUUUAAAACUUUCCGAUGAGGAUGGACGGAACCACACUGAUGUGAUAAACGUCUCAACACAGGAAGAAGAUGGUAGAGGCAAGCCCCGGAAACGGCGAAAAAGAGCGCGAAACAAAUAUAUCGAUGAUCUGGCUGAUGUCGACGAUGAAGAGGAGGAGGAAGAAGAAGAAGAAGACGGCCUGGGCGGACCGGAGGAUGAUUUUAUUGAUCGAAACGAAAUUCCCGAGUCUGAUCGAUCUUCCAGAAGAAAUCUAUUGCGAGAUAUCACGGGAGAUGACAUAGAUGCUGGGCACCGAGGACUAGAUAUGACUCGACAGGUCAGGGAGGAUGCUGAUCUCGGCCAAAUUGCACAAGAUUUCCGAGAAAGAUAUGGGCGGCAGUCGCGAGCGGCAGCGCGUGACUUGGGCGAGCACAUCCCUAAAAACUUGUUGAUGCCAUGUGACCAAGAUCCAAGCAUAUGGGCAGUCAAAUGCAAGCCUGGACGCGAAAAAGAAAUCGUGGCGGCUUUGUUUCGAAAGUGUGAAGUUCAUUACAAAACCCCGCAAGAAUUAAGAAUCAUAUCUGCAUUCUAUCGUGAUUCUUUGAAAGGUUAUAUCUAUGUCGAAGCUCGUCUUGAACUUGACGUUCGGGAGGCCAUUCAAGGCUUUGUAGGCGUUUACAAGACCGAAUUCCGCAUGGUCCCCGUCGACGAAAUGCCCGACCUCUUGCGUACCAAGAAGCGUGAGACACCGGUCGUUCCAGGCGGAUGGGUGAGAAUCAAACGAGGAAAAUAUGGUGGAGACUUGGCCCAAGUAACCGAAGUUCUCGAAAAUGGCGACGAAGUUGGGCUGAAGUUCGUUCCUCGAAUUGACUUGAAUCCUAAAGAAGAUGAAUGGAAAGUUGGCUCGGAUGGCAAGAAACGAAAAAAAGGUAGCACGACCAGCGGCGGGAUCGCUUUUCGGCCACCGCAAAAACUAUUUAAUCCCGAAGAGGUGAAAAAAGCUUACAAGCAUAGUGAUGUCGUUAAAUCCAAUCGAUUCCAGGGUGGAUACACUUUUCACGGCGAUAUAUUCAAGGAUGGAUACAUCGAGAAAGAUUUGAAGAUCUCUGCAUUGGAAGUGGUGGAUGUUAAUCCUAGGAUUGACGAGAUUGCCAAGUUCCUUGGUGAUCCUUCCGAGACUGAUUCUAGUCGAAGUUUGAAUUAUGCUCAAAUUGCCGAACUGACCAAGAAGGCCGCCACGACUGUCUUACAACCCGGCGACCAAAUCGAGAUUUUCGAAGGUGAUCAAAAAGGUAUUCAAGGAACGGUCGGUUCGAUCGAGAAGGAAAAUGUCAAAAUCACUCCUGAUCCACUAGCUCAUCCUGAGCUGAAGGGCGCCGAGAUCGAGAUACCGGCUAGUUCACUCCGCAAAAGCUUCAAACCAGGGGACCACGUUAAAGUGAUGGCUGGUCAAAAUACCGAUGAAACUGGUUUGGUGAUUCGUGUCCGGGAGGAUAUCGUCACCUUCCUAAGUGACCUGAGUUGUAAAGAGGUGGAGGCAUUCACAAGAGAUCUACGCGUGGCUGCUGAAGUUGGUAGCAGCGCCAACACGUUUGGCCAAUUCGAAUUGUAUGACUUGGUCCAAUUAGAUCCGCAGACAACUGGAACUAUCUUUAAAAUCGAGCGCAACACCUUCAAAGUCAUCGACCAGAACGGUAAUGUUCGUAGUGUCAAGCCAAAUCAAAUUAGUGCCAAGAAGGACUCCAAGUAUGCAAUCGCCACGGACGCUGAUGGGUAUGAGAUUGCGGUGAAUGAUCAAAUGAAAGAGAAAUCUGUCGGGGGACGAACGGACGGGCGGCAAGGUCGAGUUCUGCACAUCUAUCGAUCGAUGUACGCCUUUCUCCACAGUCACGACACUCCCGAGACCGGUGGAGUGUUUGUGACAAACGCUCGCAACUUGGUGUCAGUGGCCCCCAAAGGAUCCAAGAAGGAUACAAGCGCAUUGGACUUGACCAAAAUGAAUCCCGAAAUGGCUAACCGACCUCCGGUUGGGGGGGCAAUGGUCGCAGCCGGCUUAGGCCAACGUUUUAAGAGGGAUGAAGAUAUUGGCAAGUUAUGCUACAUUAUCAAAGGUCCUAAUAAGGGUCUUCAAGGGAUUAUCAAGGACAUCAACGGAUUGCUCGCCAGAGUAGAAUUGCACACCAACAACAAAACCCUCACCAUCGAAAAGACGAAACUUGGCGCGAAAGGUCGCGAUGGUAAAGUCCACCCGUUGGCAGAUUUGGCUCGGGAAAACUUCAGCAGCUCCAGCCGACCUGGCGGAUUCGGCUCAUCAGGCGGCGGCAACAGGUCCUCUUACGGACCUACGGGCAGCAAUUCCGUUCGAUAUGGUGGCCAAUCUGUUCACGGUGGUAUCGGGGGUGCGACUCCAGCUUGGGGGGCCAAUGGAAGUCGAACUUCGAAUCCCUACGCAGAUGGCUCUCGCACAUCCUACGCAAGCGAUGGGAGCCGAACUUCGAACCCAUACUCGGAUGGGGGUCGGACUCCAGCAUACAGCACCUCAGGAGCGUGGGAUCCAGGCUCAAAGACGGUGGUCGCGUCCGGCUAUGGAGCGACUAACACGUGGGACGCAGCCGACCAAUCGUACAACAGUUCUGCCCCAACUCCAGCUCAGCGAACUGAUGUUGGCACGCCUCAUGAUCCUUGGGGGGCGCGUACACCAGCUCAAGCACCCACUCCAAACCUCGAUAGGUCCGCUCCUACUCCUGGCGCUCCAUCCAAUCUCACCAGAGGCGACCAAUCUGUGAGACGUGAUGAAGGCUCGAUGUCCAGUUGGGGAAAUCCCACGGGAGUGACUCCCUUUGCUGCUGCCCCAACGCCUACAGCUUAUGGCGGGCGAGGUGGGAAUGUAGCACCUACCCCCAACGCACCAACCCCGGGAGGCAUAACGCCAUAUGGCGCGGCCCCAACUCCUGCAGCAUACGGCGCCGCCCCCACACCUGUAGGAUAUGGGAAUGCACCAACCCCAGCGGCGUACUCAGCGCCUACUCCUGCGGCAUACGGCUCCGCUCCUACGCCAGCGGCUUACGGUUCUGCACCCACUCCAGCGGCAUAUGGCUCUGUUCCUACUCCAUAUUCCUCGAAUCCGAACUUUGCUGCACCCAGUCCGGCCGGGCCUUAUAAUCAUGGCACCAAUGCCGCCACACCUUACACUGCCGCAACGCCAGGAGGGGGGCUGGUCAAUCAAAAUCCAUCAGCACUCAUGGGGAUCUCACACAUGGGCUUGCCCGAGAACUGGCCCGUUCCUGGAAUCGAAGUCGUGAUCAUUCGUCCACGAGAAGGCCAGCCGUUCAACGGAUCUCGAAACGAUGACGAACAUGUUGUGGUGAUUGGACCCGCCGGUACGCUCAGAAACACCUACAACGUCCAAUCCUUGAGUUCUAAUAAUCGGAUCCCGCCGAUCUCGGUCGAAUAUCUCGAGCCCGUUCCGCCCCGUGCGCCUGGUGAUCCAGUCGUCAUCUUACAAGGAAUCUAUCGCACUAAUCGGGCUACUACCAUCAGUAGAGAUGCCUCCGAUUGGAUGGUUCAGUUGGAGACUGGAGAACAAACAAUCGUCGAAUCUUCUCAUCUUGCUAUUUAUAAAGGCUGUUGA